AUGACGCCGGUACUGUCGUGCGUCGAACAGUACUGCGUGUCCGAGGUGCAGCACGCGGUGUCCGCCGACCGCCGGAGGCCCAUGUCCUACACGGCUGGCAUCAUGCUGGCGUUCACCAGCAUCACGUCCAUCGGCUACGGCACCGUAGUACCGGUCACUACGCCCGGUCGACUGUUCUGUAUCGUCUACACGAUGCUCGGCAUCCCAUUGGCUCUGCUAGCAAUCGCCGACCAGGGAAAGUUCUUGGCAUCAGCCCUCACGCACGCGUUUCAGUUCUGCAGGUGGCGCCUGCGAAGGCGCAAUGACAAGAAGUCGUCGGUCGACCGGGACGACAACGACUCGGUGCCCGGCUUUCUGAUAGUGAUUCUGUUCAACGCCUAUAUUCUGGUCGGUGGCCUUCUGUUCUCGGCGCUGGACGCCAACUGGUCGUUCCUGGACGCCGUCUACUUCACAUUCAUUAGCUCGUCGACAGUCGGCUUUGGCGACCUGACACCGAAUGACGACCUUUUUUUCCCGCUGACUUUAAUAUACAUCAGUUUCGGACUGACGUUGUCGACGAUCUUGGUCGACCUGCUGGCGCUGAACCUGAGGAAGCUGCAUUACUGGGGCUCGCGCAUCAAAAACUGUGCUAACACCGUCAUCUGGUUUGGAGGCAAGCGCGUCACCGUCGGCCAACUCAUGCAGGCCAUAUGCCACUACCUGAAGCUGCCGAAGGAGUACCACGAGACUCUGCUCGAACGGCUCGACCACAUAGUCAACAACACCAUCGACAAAAUGGAGUAUGGCACUUGUGAGGACGACGUUGACGAGUUGCUCGAAGGACCGAUCAACAAAUGCUUCGACGUCGAUAACGACAGUAUAACGUACAUAGACGCGUCGAACAUCCUCGAUCUUUGA